CUAUUUCGUAUGGCACAAAACUACACCUACGCUGACGAAAUCACCAUUCUCUCUAGAAACCGGCUUGCAGAGAAUCCAGACAAAACCAUUCCGAGAAACAGUCCAUUAUUUCACAAAUGUGUCUUCCUCGACGAGAACGAUGUUCUAAGGGUUCGAGGUCGAACAAGAGCUUGCCAGUUUAUCGCCCGAGAUGCCGCUCAACCAAUCAUUCUACCACGCGAGCACCCAAUCACACGGCUUAUUCUUCUUGAUUUUCACAAGCGGUUCAACCACCAGAAUCACGAGACGAUUCUCAAUGAAAUACGUCAACGUUUCCACGUUCCAAGACUGAAGGGAACAUACAGGAAGGUACGCAGGGAGUGCCAAAAAUGCAAGAACGACCAAGCGUCUCCACAACCUCCCGCCAUGAGUGACCUGCCACCGUACCGUCUAGCUGCUUUCACAGGACCCUUCACGUACAUGGGGAUCGAUUAUUUCGGUCCCAUGACCGUCGUCGUUGGACGACGCUCAGAAAAAAGAUGGGGAGUGCUGGCAACAUGCCUCACAACUCGCGCUAUCCAUUUAGAACUAGCUCACACACUGACAACCGAUUCGUGUAUUCUAGCAAUACGUAACGUAAUGGCUAGGAGAGGGACACCUGCAGUUAUUUUUAGCGACCGUGGCACCAACUUCCAGGGCGCCAGUAAAGAAUUGAAAGAAGUGCUGCAAGACAUCAACCAAGAACAGCUCAUGCGGGAAUUCACAACAUCCAAUACGGAAUGGACCUUUAUACCGCCAGCUUCACCACACAUGGGCGGAGCGUGGGAGCGCUUGAUUGGCUGCGUAAAAUGCAACCUUCAUAAACUGCAGUGGAGGAAACUUCCCACGGAUGAAGUUCUUUACAGUACACUGCUAGAAAUUGAGAACAUUAUAAACUCGCGACCACUUACUGACAUCCCCAUGGACGACGAUGAAUCUCCAGUGCUGACACCAAACCACUUUUUGCUGGGGUCAUCAAAUGGACUAAAACCAUGGGUACAGUACAACGAUAACCCCAUCGUGCUCCGGAAUUCCUGGAGGCAAUCACAAGUUAUGGCCAAUGAAUUUUGGCGCCAAUGGUUAAGAGAUUAUCUCCCUGUAAUCACCCGUCGCACCAAGUGGUUCAUGAAGGUAAAACCAAUUCAAGUGAAUGAUGUGGUAGUCAUCGCAGAUCCCAAGGCCCCUCGCAAUAGUUGGCCUAUGGGACGAAUCAUCGCAACCAGAGCAGGACAGGACGGGCAAGUCAGGAGUGCCACCAUACAGACUAAUCAGGGCAUCUACGAACGUCCCGCGGUUAAACUCGCCGUACUCGACGUGGGCGUUAGGAACCAAUACGCCUCCGGAGAACCCUCUGCGCAUUCGGGGGGGAGUGUUAAUACGCCCGUCGAUUUGGCGAUCCCCUCGUACAGUACACAGUAGCAAUGUAACUGCUUACUUAUCGAUCGUCGUUCGUCGAUCGUCCAGUCUGCUUGACCAUCACGUAACAAUCGUGAUCUGUCAGUGGACGAUGAUCAGCAUUUCUUUAUCUGCGACGAGCACAAAAGAACAGAUUACUUGCAAAAAUCCUUAAGUUAUACGAUCCUGUGCCUGAUAAUAAUUUCUAAAGACUAGUGCUAGUGUUUAUAUACCUAAAUUACCUAAAAUUAUUUUUUAUAAAUACUAGGAUAAAAAAGGUUACAGCUACAACUAGGAACUAAGAAGAAAUUAUCUACAUCUAUCGCUUAUUAUACUACGCUAAACCUACAAUUUACCACAUCGGUGAGAAUCAAACAUUAAACCUAUUAUACAAUUCCUUAUACAUACAAUUUACAAACUUACAAUAUAGGGCAAAUUAGGAAUAUUGACAUAACCUUGAAUUAUUAUGUGGAAGAGAAGUUGAAUUACUAAAAGUAAGUGAAUUGGAUUCUAAAUUAUGUAUUUAAAAUAAUUAUUGUAUCCAUCAUUCCUGUAGGAAUUUAUAACUCGAUGUACUCUCAGUAAUAAAGUUCAUGAAUUCGGUUAAUUCUGGCGACGCCCGCGACUAU